AGCUUGGUGGCUGCUACCUGGAGCUCUCUGUCCGAAGUCUAAGAGAGAAAGUAAACAUCUUCAUCAGAAGAGAAAGCUGUCUGGGAAAAAGGAAUAGCAGAUCACCAGAGGGAAAAAUCUGCCUGGAGUUCAUCAGGAUCCUAAAGUACAAGCCACAUAGAAAGGCUGGAGAACUCUGAGGCUAUUCCAUAUCAUCUGGAGAAAAUUGAAAGCAAAAUAAUGUCUCGCUACGGAAAGCACCCACGCCUCAGCCUGGAAGAAGGCGUAAACCUCCAGAAUCCAACUGAAACGGAUGAAGUGAUGUUCCCAGUAGUUCCCACACCUGAGGAAGAAGAGAGAGAGGGAGACGAGGAGGUCCAACAGGAAGAGGAAGGAGAUACCAAUGAACAGGAAAAUGAGGGCGAUAACAAUGAAAAGGAAGAAGAGGAGAAAGAAGAGGAAAAGGAAGAGUCUGAUGACCAAGUGAAUGAGGAAGAAGCUGAGACUGGAGAAGAAGACUUAACUUCCAUCUUUUUGCCAUCUUCUAAUGUCUCUUUAGCUACUUUCUCACCUCCAUCUCCUUCCUCCUCCUCCUGCUCCUCCUCCUCUUUUUCUUCUUCUUUUUCCUCCUCCUCUUCCAUCUUUUCUCUGUUUCAGGGCAACCUAGGGGAGAAUGAGGGCUUUGCUCUCGGGAUGCUGGGCAUUUUUCAGAAUGCUCACAGCUUCUUUCCCUCACCUACUUUGGGGGGAAAUUUAGAUGAAGGAGUUGACUCGGAGGAAGAGAGUUCAGGUGUCAUCUCGUCUCCAGAAGACCCUGGCUCCCUGGUCAAUACUAUAAUACAAGAAAAGGCUACUGAUUUGGUGUUCCUUUUCAUUUACAAGUAUAGAAUGAAGGAACCCAUUACAUUAAGUGAAAUCCAUGAGGUUGUCACUAAAGAGCAUGAGAACCAUUUUCCUGUCAUUUUCACUGAAGCUUCUAAAUGCUUGGAGAUGACCUUUGGGAUUGAUAUAAAGGAAAGUGAUCUCCUAAGCAGUGCUUAUGUUUUUGUCAACUCACUGAACCUAACCUAUGAAGAUGUGCUGGAUGACACUGAUAGGCUGCCUAGAAAUGCUUUUCUGAUAGUUAUUCUGGGUGUAAUAUUCAUAGAAGGGAACUGUGCUUCUGAAGAAAGAAUCUGGGAGUUCUUGAAACUGGUAGGAGUGUAUGAUGGAGAAGAGCACUUCAUUUGUGGGGAUCCCAGGGAGUUCCUCACCACACAUCUAGUGCAGCAAAAUUACCUGGAAUAUCGGGAGGUGCCUAAUACCCAGCCUCCAUGCUUUGAGUUCCUGUGGGGUCCAAGAGCCUGUGCUGAAACUACCAAGAUGAAAGUUUUGGAAUUCUUGGCAAAGAUGAAUGGGUGUGAACCAUCUGAUUUCUCAGUCUGGUAUGAAGAGGCUUUGAGAGAUGAGGAAGAAAGGGCCUGGGCCUUAAAUAACUCUGCAAAUCGAAGCCCAAAUAUGUGGUUUGUAGAGCGCUGAUCACUGGUUUCUCUUACCCAGUGUGAGGAAUCCCAUUUGCUAUGGAUUCACUCUAAUUUUGAAAAGAGCAGUCAAAAUUUUAAGUAAGUCAAAAUCAAACAGGGUCAGUAGAACAGUGUCACUCUACUAAUUGAGGUUUUCUUAACUAUUUUCAUUUUGGCUUAAUGUUAAAUGUUGCUCAUCUUAAGGGAAAGUGUAUUACCUCUCAAAUCUGUGAUUGAAACUGAUAACAAAAUUAUUACUGUUUGUUUAAAAUUAUGGUGGAAAAUUAUAUAAUGUUAACUUUUGAUUGUUUUAAUUCUUUUAGUCUAUUCUGUAAAAUUGAAAUGUACUAUGCAUCUGUUUUCCAGACUUAUGUAGAAAAUAGGACAUGAAAAUAAUUCUUAAUAAAGACUGCUCACUUACUCAUUCA